AUGGCCGUACUCUCUGCUUCUGCUUCCCUCGCGCGCUGGCGCUUCGCGGACGCUUCCGCCUCCUGCCUGUGCCAUUUCCUCAUGAACCAUGCCGCCCCGUCCUCGACCUUGUUGCACCACACCUCCGGGUCCUUGGCGCUCUCUUUCAACUUCCCCCCUUCCUUUUCGUCUCCCAUGUUGAAGGCCACGAGGUCCUCUCCUAGACGAGACACCCAGUCGCUCUCCUGCCCGCCCCGGUAUCCCACGCCCCCCGCCAUCGCUCCUAACAGCAUGCGCUUGGGGAGGCGGUUGUCCUCCAUGCGCAUAACAAAGCCCGCGAAACACAGUCUCCGUUUGCGCACGGUGGCCUCGAUGGUUUCCUCGCAGCCUGCCUGGAUGAGGGCCUGGGCAUAGGACAGGGGGCGGUCUGAGCGUUUGCGCUUGUUCCAGCCGAUGCACCGUGCAAGAAACUGGCGGUGGGUCCCAUUGAGCUUCGUGUAGUGCUCCGCUGUUAGGCUCCACGAGGCGCACCCAUAUGUUCCGGCGGUAGCACUUCCACGCUCGGCAGCUGCGGCUCGUGAUCUCCCGGUCGGCCUUCCCGUCCGCGGAGAUGGCGAGACUGUAGUCGUUUUAUUGUUCCGAACCCCGAAAUCCCGGUACUCGGGCAAUUACCCCGGAGACCCUCGGAACCUGCUGGUGUUGUUGUUGUUUCUCACAUCAGCUCUAUGUUGUUGUUGUUGUUGUCUUCACAUUAGUCUAAACCGUAUGUCAGUUGCUAAAUGCCAAAAUCUAGCAAAAGACUCUCAGCCCGUGGUCACGAAAGUGCUAGAGCCAUCUGAGGAUCUAAAGAACACGACGACAUAAAAAAGCGAGGAAAAGGUAUCCAAGAGCCCGAAGAGGUACACCUCAAAAUCCCUGCAGCACCGUAUGCGUGCCCAAAAACUGAACUGCACGUCCGUCCCACCGUUCGACUACAGUAGCAUCACCCCCUCCCUGUCCCACUCUAUACCAAAACGGAAGAUUGCCGACUACAGCAUAAUGCUGUCUGAAGUGCUGUCUG